CCUACCUGGUUUGUUUCUGUUUAACAAAAACGAAAGUCAAGUCGUCCUUUAAUGGUAAACCCAGUAUUCUUUAUCUCAAGUUAAAGUCGCUUUGCCUUCCGCUACACAUUUGCGGAGUUUUGUCAUCAUUGAAUUCCUGUCCAUUUCCGAUAUGCAGUCCACGGCCUCUCUUGAGAGACCUUUAGUCUUCUUUGACCUGGAGACCAGCAAACUGGAGACCCAACCAGAUUCAUCAGAAACAAGAGGGGGUGAUAUCAUCCAGCUGGCGGCCAUCAGCGGAGUUCAGACCUUCAAUGUGUAUAUUAUGCCUCAGAGCGACAUCGACAUUCACACCACGGCGAGUACAGGCUUCAUGGUCGCAGGUGGCAAACUUGUGAAGAACUUUGGAACAGCCGUUUCCACCAUCCCCUUGCACGAGGCCCUGACCUCCUUCUACGACUUCCUGCGGUCUUUUAACAGACCCAUACUGCUGGCUGCGCACAAAGCCCAAGACUUUUCCCUACCUAUACUGAAGAACGCGCUGAUCAGGUGUUACCUCGCCCAGCAGUUCCACGAGCUGGGCCCCAGUUUUUUGGACAUCUACCUACUCAGUAAGGUGCUCUGUCCAGGGUUAGACAGCCAUGAACAAGAGGAUCUGUUGUACCCCUUCUUGGGAAAACCCAACAACCACAAUGCAUUGGAGAAUGUUACGGCUCUGCAGUCCAUGUACGGGGUUUGGAAUCCCAACCAAGAGUCUGUGACUCAGUGUUUAAUCUAGCAGUGCUUUUUGAUUUAUUGACAACAGGGUAGUUGUAGAUGCCUGUCUGAGAGUCUCUCCAAAGAUUUGUAGUUAAUUUCAGAAAUUCAAGUAAAUAAUUGCAAUGUUCUUUGCUUAAGGGUACUAUUCGGCUUCAGUGGUCCAUUCAAAAAAAUAAAAGAGAAAAAUUGACA